UUUUUUCCCCUGCCCCUCCGAUUUUCUGUGUCCCCUCCGAAAGUAGAAAAAGGGAAGGAAAAAAAACUCCCGCUGCCCAAACUUUUUAAUCCUCUUCUUAAAAUCUUACUUCCUUUUCAUCUUCCAUUCCCCCCUCCUUCAUAAACUUAUUCCGUUACUUUUCUCCUUAUUCCUUCAAAUCAAUUAGCAUUGUGCUGUUAGAUUUCCUGUUUCUCUCGCCCUCUCAUAGAUUACUAUCUUCACACAGUUUCUCACAAUGCCUGCUACCAACGGAUUUGCUAGCUCUUUGAGCACUCCCCAGAACCCUGGGGCUUUCCUCUUUACCUCCGAGUCCGUCGGUGAAGGUCACCCCGACAAGAUCUGUGAUCAGGUUUCAGACGCCAUCCUCGAUGCCUGCCUUGCUCAGGACCCCCUCUCCAAGGUCGCCUGCGAGUCCGCUACCAAGACUGGUAUGAUCAUGGUUUUCGGUGAAAUCACCACCAAGGCCAGCAUUGACUACCAAAAGGUUAUCCGAGCUGCUAUCAAGGAUAUCGGCUAUGACUCCUCGGACAAGGGUUUCGACUACAAGACUUGCAACGUUAUGGUUGCCAUUGAGCAACAAUCUGCCGAUAUCGCUCAAGGUCUUCACUACGAGAAGGCCCUCGAAGACUUAGGUGCCGGUGACCAAGGUCUCAUGUUCGGCUAUGCCACCAACGAGACCCCCGAACUCCACCCUCUUUCUCAUCUCCUCGCCCACAGGCUAAACCAGGCUCUGUCUAAGGCCCGCCGUGAUGGAUCCCUACCCUGGCUCCGACCUGACACCAAGACCCAAAUCACCAUGGAGUACAAGAACGACGGCGGUGCUGUCAUUCCCCUGCGAGUCCACACCAUCGUCAUCUCUACCCAGCACAGCGAGGAGGUCACGACGGAACAGGUCCGAAAGGAGCUGAAGUCCAAGAUCAUUGACAGUGUUAUCCCUGAGCAGUACAUUGACGACAAGACUAUUCUUCACCUACAACCUAGUGGCUUGUUCAUCAUUGGUGGUCCUCAGGGUGACGCUGGUGUCACGGGCCGAAAGAUCAUUGUCGACACGUACGGUGGCUGGGGUGCCCACGGUGGUGGUGCCUUCUCCGGAAAGGAUUUCUCCAAGGUCGAUCGAUCUGCUGCCUACCUCGCUCGGUGGGUUGCCAAGUCGUUGGUCAACGCUGGUCUCGCCAAGCGAGCCCUAGUUCAACUCAGUUACGCUAUUGGUGUGGCCGAGCCCUGCUCCAUCUACGUCGACUCGUACGGCACCUCUGACAAGACUGCCGAGGAGUUGGUCGAGAUCGUUAAGGCUAACUUCGACCUCCGACCCGGUGCCAUCGCCAAGGAGCUUAACCUGAUGCGCCCCAUCUACAACCAAACCGCCAAGUUUGGCCACUUCGGCACCAACCAGGACUUCACCUGGGAGCAGCCCAAGACGCUCAAGUUCUAAUCUAUUAAUGUGUUAUAGGUUUCCGAAGGGGGAAGUUUCUCGGAUUUAUAGUAGCGGAAGAAUCAACU